CAGAGAAAACGAAACUUACGGCGUGGAAAAGGAAAACGGAUACCAUGUUUUAUUAUGAGAGUUGUAGGCUUUUCUCUAUUUUUAUGUAUUUUGAGUAAAUAUUCCAACUGCCGACAAACAUAGGAUGGAAAACUACGUAGCUAACCUAAACGAGUAUGCACAGAAGCAGCGGCUGGUGCUGCAGUUUGAGGAGGUUGGAGCUGCUGGCCCUGACCACAUCAAAACAUUUACUAUUAGAGUUGUUCUGAAUGGUAAAGCCUAUCCUGACGGUGUUGGAAAGAACAAGAAGGAAGCCAAGCAGAACGCUGCUAAAAAUGCCUUGGCGGGCUUGUUGGAGGAAUCAGCUGAUACUACAGAAAAUGCUGCAGAAGUUUCUAAUACAUCAGUUCAUCAGAGAAGUGUCAGUAACGUCAAGUACACCUGCUGGCUCAAUGAGUAUGGUCAAAGGAACAGGGUGAUUGUAAGGCCCGUGGAGGCUACCAGACCUGGACCAAAUAAUGAUAAUCAAUGGUGUAACUUUUUUGUUGGUGACAAGGAGUACCCGGCAGCUUCCGGGAAAACAAGAAGGGAAGCUAAGGAGGAAGCAGCCAAGCUUGUAUAUCACGAUAUAUGUGGCACUUUAGAGACUGGAGAUGAGAAUGACAUUUUCACAUCAAGUCAGCAAAAGGAGGAAACGAAACAAAAUAUUCCAGAUGUCUGCGAUCAGAUGAAGAGUUUGACUGUGAGGGCUAAAGACAAGAAUUUUAUAGAGUCAAAUUUCAUAGGUCUUGUCAACCACUACUGUCAGAAAACAUCCCGCUCCCACACAUUUAUUGAAGAGAAAAUAUGUGGACCGCCUCAUAAUCGACAAUUUUUCUACAAAUUAGUAAUCAACAAAAAGGAAUACCCUGUGGGUGAAGGUAAGAGUGCCAAGGAAGCCAAACAAAAUGCAGCUCGGCUGGCCUGGGCUGCUCUUCAGGAACAGUCAGACUGGGACAGCAAGGUAAAUGCUAGGUCAGCAGAAGAUGGUGCCAAGUCCUUCACUUCACCAAGCACACUGGACUCUGGUCAUCCAAAAUCAACCAGCAUUGCAACAAGUAAAAGUGACUCAGUUGUUUUCGUCGAGUCAUCAAACCCUCCCAAGGAGCAGGUUCAAAGUCCUGAUGUAAAGCCCAAAAUAAGGAUUGCAGCAAAUUUCCCAAAUGCUCACAAACACAGCAAAGAGGAUAUAAUGCCCAAUUUCAAAGUGAAGAGCACAAAAAAUGGUCAGAAUCAGAAUACAUCAGCCCCAUCAUUAAGGUUUACAUCAGAAUACGACUCCAUAGAGCGUCUUGGUAAAGGAGCCUUUGGUCGUGUUUUCAAAGCAAAACAGAAACUAUUACAGAAGUAUUAUGCUAUAAAAAUUAUCCGCUGCAGAGAAAAAGCUCUACGAGAGGUGGUGACGUUGUCAGAACUCCAUCACUCCAAUAUUGUUCGAUACUACACAUGUUGGCUGGAGGAUUCGGAAUACCAGCCAGAAAGUACAGCUGAUAGUUGCAGUAGUUCACAUUCCUCCACUGAUUCCUCUGUAAAGUACCUCUAUAUUCAGAUGGAGCUGUGUGACACCAAAACACUUCGAGUGUGGAUUGAUGAGAAGAAUGUUCAAAAUGUUAAGAAGUCUCUGCGAGACUCCAAGAGAAGAGAAGAAAGCCUGAACAUUGCCCAGCAAAUAGUCACAGGAAUCGAAUACAUUCACUCCAGGAAGUUCAUCCACAGGGACUUGAAGCCUGCCAACAUCAUGUUUGGACGGGAAGGAGAAGUGAAGAUUGGAGACUUUGGUCUGGUCACUACUGAAAAAGAUGACAAUGCUGAGGAUCUGAUAGAGAGAACUGUGUACAAAGGAACCCCAUCUUACAUGGCUCCUGAGCAGAAGAGCAAGCGCUCAACACUUUAUGACCGAAAGGUGGACAUAUUUGCUUUUGGCCUGAUAUUUUUUGAACUCCUUUGGAAUAUCCCAGCUGGUGAAGAAAAGACCAGAAUUUGGGAAGAUGCAAGGAACCAGAAAUUUCCGCAUGGAUUUUCUACUCAUUUUCACCAAGAGAGCCAAAUUAUAAGGUCAAUGCUGAGCAUGAAACCAGAAGACCGACCAGAAGCAAGUAAACUUAAGAGUGAUGUGGAAGAGUGCAAACGCUUGUUUAUGCAGCUUAAAAAUAUGAAACGUCAGAGUAACACUGUCUGAUCACUACAAGGAAGUACUAAAAUCGUUUCUGUCAUGAUUUGUAAUUCAUCGUCAUAUCCCAAAGUACACGGAGGACCUUGAAUGCACAAGGAUGUGUCUUUUGAUGACCUGAUAUUUUACUAUCAUACUAUCACUGUGGAGUACGGUGUGGUACAGUACUUGAAGAAAACUGGAGAAUGCAGCAUGGAUUGAAUUGUUUACUUUGAACAAAGAAUCAUUUUGUAAGUUAUAACUGUCAGUUGGUAUGAAAUAAUCUAUUUUAAAUCUUGAAAUGGUUCAUUUCAGGUUGCACUAAACACUUUCUAGUAAUAAAAAUAAAGAAAUCGACAACAGUCA